GUUUGACAGUAUUGACGUUUCAUUUUUGGGGGCGGGCAUCAUCUUCUUCGAUUGACCGAAAUACAAUUAAAUAAAAAUGCUGUAAUUCCUCACUCCUCCUUAGUAUUUAGUCAGCUAUUUAAAUACUAACACCUCAUGUUUGCAUCCAAAGGAUAGCAGGGUACAGUCAAGAUGAUCGGUGGGUUGUUCGUGUACAACCACAAGGGCGAGGUGCUGAUCUCGCGAGUGUACCGUGAUGACAUCGGGCGGAACGCGGUGGAUGCGUUCCGGGUGAACGUGAUACACGCGCGGCAGCAGGUCCGCUCGCCCGUCACCAACAUUGCGAGAACCUCGUUCUUUCACAUCAAGCGAGCCAACAUAUGGCUAGCAGCAGUGACGAAGCAAAAUGUGAAUGCCGCCAUGGUGUUCGAGUUCCUCCUCAAGAUCAUUGAUGUGAUGCAGUCCUACUUCGGCAAGAUCUCGGAAGAGAACAUCAAGAACAACUUUGUUCUUAUCUAUGAACUGCUUGAUGAGAUCCUGGACUUUGGAUACCCUCAGAACUCAGACACAGGAGUGCUGAAGACAUUCAUCACUCAACAGGGCAUUAAGUCUGCCUCUAAGGAAGAACAAGCUCAAAUCACCUCCCAGGUGACAGGGCAAAUCGGAUGGAGGCGCGAGGGCAUCAAAUACAGACGCAACGAGUUGUUCCUUGAUGUGCUGGAAUAUGUUAACCUCCUUAUGUCGCCUCAAGGGCAAGUGCUAUCAGCUCACGUUGCUGGCAAGGUGGUAAUGAAGUCGUACCUGUCGGGCAUGCCCGAAUGCAAGUUUGGCAUCAACGACAAAAUCGUCAUGGAGGCCAAGGGCAAGGGGAAUGACUUCUCAGGGGGCAUCUCCGGCAACACGGACAGCGACCCGGCGCGCUCCGGCAAGCCGGUGGUCGUCAUCGACGACUGCCAGUUCCACCAGUGCGUCAAGCUCAGCAAGUUUGAGACUGAGCACAGCAUCUCCUUCAUACCUCCUGACGGGGAGUUUGAACUCAUGAGAUACCGCACCACAAAAGACAUCUCGCUGCCGUUCCGCGUGAUCCCCCUCGUGCGCGAGGUGGGCCGCACCAAGAUGGAGGUGAAGGUGGUCCUCAAGAGCAACUUCAAGCCUUCGCUGCUCGGGCAGAAGAUCGAGGUGAAGAUACCGACCCCGCUCAACACCAGCGGGGUGCAGCUUAUCUGCCUCAAGGGGAAGGCUAAGUAUAAGUCAUCAGAGAACGCGAUAGUGUGGAAGAUCAAGCGCAUGGCGGGCAUGAAGGAGACGCAGCUGUCGGCCGAGAUCGAGCUGCUGGAAACGGACACGAAGAAGAAGUGGACGCGCCCGCCCAUCUCCAUGGGCUUCGAGGUGCCCUUCGCGCCCUCCGGCUUCAAGGUCCGCUACCUAAAAGUGUUCGAGCCCAAACUGAACUACUCGGACCACGACGUGAUCAAAUGGGUGCGCUACAUCGGCCGCUCCGGCCUCUACGAGACCAGAUGCUAGACGACUGAUUAAUUUCUUGAAUCGGACUUGAAGCUACAAAAGGCGCGUUACAUACUGUUUAAUAUUUAAUGUUAAACGGGCCCGCUAGAUAAAAUCAACUCUAUGGCCAUUGAGUUAACGUUGAAAGUCGCUCAAACAUUGUAAUAACCAGCAAAAAAUUGAACCAAAAAAUGGUGCCCUUAUCAGAAUGUACAAGCUGUAACUGUGAAAAAGACACCUAUACUAUUCACUCGGCUCUUGAAUAAACACUGACUUUUCAGCUAAUUCAUUUAUGUAAAGGAGUUUCCUAACAUCAAAGUUAUGAGAUUCUUAUUUUAUUUUUUUAUUUUAAUAUUUUUAAGUAGAUCGUUUUUAUUUUUAUGCCUUUGUGCGAUACUUGGUAAAAUAUAUGAUAUGUUUUGUAUAUGAUUCUUAGAGGGCUGCAAUAUAAUAACAUUUUAAUUUAAAACAUUUGUUUGUCAUUGUGUUUGCGUCUUAUAUUUGGGCAAUUUCUGAUUUCUGAGCAGCGCUCGUUCGCCCAUAUACUACUAAAGUAUACAUACAGUCAGCGUCAAAUACUUAGUAGCAGUCAAAGUGGCCAAAUAGUUCGGUACACCAUACUUAAUAUAUGGUGUACCGAACUAUUUGGCUACUUUGGUUGCUACAUAAUAUUUGACGCUGACUGUACAUGGUGUAUGUAUAAAAUUUAAAUCAGUCCUCUAAUAAUUAUAUAUUACGUUAUUAUGUCAACACUAUGAUAUAACAUGUACGAGUAUUUGUAAGCCACAUCGAAUCUCAAAAUGAAAUGUUUUUAUGAAAUCUUAUAUUUAUUAUGAUUUUGAUUGUGGUGACACAAGUAGGAAUUACAAUAAUACAUCUAUGUAUAUUUUAUGCGAUUUAGGAUUUUAUUGCAUCGUGAGGUGCUUAUUUGUAUUCGACCAAAAAUGUAAGUAUUAUUAUUGCAGUGAUUUGUCCACGUUACUUAUGUAUUUAGUGUAUCGUUUUUGAAUACUUAUGCACUCGUUAAAAUAUUGUAGGACCUUCAUAUAAAUAAAAGGAGUUUGUUAGUUUAUUAUAAUACUCUUAAUGUUCUGUCUAUUUUUUAAUUGAAUUCCGUUAAACACUUGUUUGUAUGAAAUAUAUUAAGAUGAAUCUAACCCUGUAUGCAUCUAUUCUAAAACAGUGGUCCCAAUACGUAUCUGUAUAUCUGUUUGUAUGCCUUAUUUUCCUUUUGGUAGAUGUAGAUAUAAUGUCGUCGGCAUCAAAUUGACUUAAUUCAUUACGGUGUGUUUUUAUGCCACAAUGUAACUGAAUGGACUCUUUAAAAUUAUCACUAUAAGGGCCACCCCACACUAGCGUCUUUUGAGCGUCGACGUCUAGUCAGCGCUAUGGAAUAUGGCGUCGCUGCGUCGAGCAGCAGCCAUGGAGUUGACUAGACGCCGACUUUCGGGAGACGCUAGUGUGGGUUGCCCUAAGGCCCAAGGUCUUUAAGAAGUCCAUCAUCAGGUUCGCUUCACGCUAAACGGCGCCGAUAGAGACCAUCCAAUCUGAUUUCGACUGUACAUUUAAUAGUUCUAAUAAUAUAAAGAGUGUCGUAAACUACCACAUCAACAUACCAUUCCUAUGAAAUUUAGAAAUGCAUUCGAUUCAUUUCGUAACAGGUUUAUUGAAUUAAAUAUAUAAAUUAUUGUAUACUUUCAAAAAGUAUCACUAAAUAUAACUAGUGUUAAUUAGGGUUAUCGUAGGGUAUUUGCUUGGUUAUCGUCUUCGAAACACGCAUUACAAUAAGCUACUAUGGACGGUAAAACUUGAGCUACAAAUGAGCCUUAUUGCUCGGGACGAAGAUCUAUUUUACCGCAACGUUUAACUGUUGAAAACUUAUUACGGAUUUUGUAUAGAUUGUACACAAUAUACAAAGGAUGCACCGAUGGCAGGGCAAUAGAACUCGAUUCCUAUCGGCUAGCACAUUUCAUGACAAUUUGAGAUAUCUACAGGCCUAAAUAAAAUUACAAGCCGCCGCUGAUACCCACUAUUUAACACUUUCUAAAACGAAAACAUUAAUUUCUUUAUUAAACAGAAAAUGUAAAGGAAUGUACAUUGAGCGUAGAAUCAAAACGUGCGUGUUUCGUAGACGCUCAGUGUAAGUGCAUGCUGUUAUAGGAAAUGCUUAUAUGUAUGGUGUUACAAAAAGGUUCAUGUACAAUAAAUAGUAAACACAA